CACUUCCUUUCUCUCUAGAAAUCUCCUGAUGUGAACACAAAUGUAGAACAGUUACUUCGUUGAUGAAUGUUCAAAUCAGGAAGGGCUCAACAGUAAGAAUGAAAGGACAAGGAUUGAGCAAUGGUCUUUCUGUUCAUUAAAUACUUUGAUAGAAACCGGUCUGUAACAUGUGGCAUGAAAGAACCAGCAUGUCUAGAUUUCUCUUCUUCUCCCCCCAACCCCAACCACCAAACUCACACUGCAACAUAUGAAUCCUUCAUCGUUCUUUUCAUUUUCACUACCUAAGACAAAUGUCCCAAUCCCCACUUGUCAUGGAUGUAAACGCAAAUGGGACUUUUCCAGAAGUUGAAUAUUCUGGAAUAUCGGAAAUGGGGUUUUUCCAGACUAUUGAAGGGCAAGCAGAAGGAUGCUUCCUUGCUUAACCUAAACACUUUUGACAAGACAAGUUUGGUGUUUGUCAUUUCACUUGCAGAGCUGUUUCCAUUCUUCAUGUUUUUUCUGUUUCUGUUUCUGUUUCUGUUUAUGUUACUUGUCUUGUAUAAAAACAAAUCCCACUUGCAGAGUUGGAAGUAAUCAGCCACAUAACAAACCAAAUGGCUAAAAAGCUAUCAAAUUUUGAAUCCUUAGUCUUUCUACCCAUCAAAACCAUCAUCACCAAUAUAUGCUGCUGCAGACUCAAUCUCCUUAGAAAAGUAAGCCCCUUUCAGUACUCAGAUUUCUCAAAACAGCCUUCCUCCUUAAGAAACCAAGAUUCAGUUCUGAUGUUCAACAUGGAAGGAACUCUGCUAAAGUCACCUUCGAUCUUCCCUUACUUCAUGUUGGUAGCUUUCGAAGCUGGGAGUCCAUUGAGGGCACUCAUCCUUCUCCUUUUGUACCCUUUAAUCUGUUCAGUAGGGGGAGAGAUGGGGCUCAAAAUCAUGGUUUUUGUGAGCUUUGUGGGGCUUAAAGCAGGGAGCUUUAGAGUUGGAAGAAGCGUGUUGCCCAAGUUCUUCCUAGAGGAUGUUGGUCUCCAAGGGUUUGAGAUGGUGAUGAGGCAUGAGAGGAAAGUUGGGUUUACUAAUUUGCCCAGAAUCAUGGUGGAAGGCUUCAUGAAGCAUUACUUGGGGAUUGAAGCUGUUGUUGGAAGAGAGAUGGUGGUGUUUCAUGGCUACUUUUCUGGUCUGAUGGAAGAAAGGAGGCCAUAUGAGCCGAGUUUAAACAGUGAGAUCAUUGGCUUUGAUUGCUUCAACAAUUCCCUUGGCCAAAACUUCCAAUCUCCCUUCAAGGCAGUUCACUUAAUCACAGAGGCAGAGAAGAGAACUUGGCAAACACUUCCAAGAUCCAAGUACCCAAAACCACUAAUCUUCCAUGAUGGAAGAUUAGCAUUUAGGCCAGCUCCAUUAGCAUCCUUGACAAUGUUCAUCUGGCUUCCAUUUGGCUUCCUCCUUUUCAUCAUCAGAACCCUAAUAGGAACCUUUCUCCCUUACCAAAUCUCAAUCCCACUCCUCCAUGUCACAGGCAUGGGUGGCUUCUUCUCCAAGCCACAAUCUUUCCACCCUGACAAGUCAAAAGGAACCCUUUAUGUCUGCAACCACAGAACCUUAUUCGACCCGUGUUACAUCUCAAUGUGCACAAACAAGCCCUUGACAGCAGUUACAUACAGCUUGAGCAAGUUCUCUGAGUGGAUCGCGCCAAUUAAGACCAUCCGUAUCACGAGGAAUAAAGACAAAGACAUGAAGCUGAUACAAGAACUUCUGACAAAAACUGACCUUGCAAUAUGUCCUGAAGGCACAACUUGCAGGGAGCCUUAUCUACUGAGGUUUAGUCCUAUGUUUGCUGAGGUGGCGAAUGACAUUGUUCCUGUGGCGAUCGAUAUGAAGUGCACCAUGUUCUAUGGAACGACGGCUGGUGGGUGGAAAGGGUUGGACCCUGUGUUUCAGUUGAUGAAUCCCUAUGUUUGGUGUGAACUUAAGAUUCUUGAGAAGGUGCCUCAAUGUAUGGUGUGUGAAACUGGAGGCCAGUCUAGGGUUGAGGUUGCCAACUAUGUGCAGUCAGAGAUUGGUAAAGCUUUGAAUUUUGAGUGCACUAGCAUGACCAGGAAGGAUAAGUACUUGUUCUUGGCAAAUAAUGAAGGGUUUGUGACAAGCUGAAAUCUUUCUAUGUUGCUUCUUGUCUUUUGUUUUGAAGCUAACUAUGUAGUUUGUAUGCACUAUUUACUAUAUACAUCUUGUUUAUUUACCUAUUCGAAAGUUCUAAUGCACUGUAGUUUUUUUAGUAUUAAUCUCGAGUCAAGAGCGAUUGAUGUAUUUUUACACCACAUCCCUAUGUUAAACUUCGCAUUGUUGAGAAAAUUGAUCUUCUAUUGGACCCGGGGUUGGUCAAGGCACUGUUGCGGGACAAGCUAUAGAAGGUAU